UAAGUACAACUCAUAGAACAACAAUCCCCAUCACUCUUCUAACUACAUACAAGACAACUGACGCAUCCACACAAUUGAGCACAAAACCAACUACAGUAUCGACCACGCUACGGACAACUCUACCACCCACAACUACGAGACAAACUACACAAAUUACAACUCGGCGCACAACAAUGCCCACAACUAGUCUUACAACGUUGAGGACAACCGACGAUUCCACAGCACUGACAACCAAGUCUACAACGGCACAAACAACGCAGCGGACAACUCAAGACAUAACGACGAGACAAACUACACAAAGUACAACUCGGCAUACAACGGUACCGACAACUAGUCUUACAACGUUAAGGACAACCGACGAAUCCCCAGCACUGACAACCAAGUCUACAACGGCACAAACAACGCAGCGGACAACUCAAGACAUAACGACGAGGCAAACUACACAAAGUACAACUCGGCAUACAACGGUACCCACAAGUAGUUUUACAACGUUAAGGACAACCGACGAAUCCACAGCACUGACAACCAAGUCUACAACGGCACAAACAACGCAGCGGACAACUCAAGACACAACGACGGUAUCAACUGCAAAACAGAGCAUUGAACCCUCGGACGGUCCUAUACCAACCUCUGAUGUUAUGGAAACAUCUGAGGCUACACCGACGGCAAAAACACAACCAUCCAAUGUAUCAACAACGCUACCGGCAACAAACGUAACAGCAACGAGACAAACUACACAACGUACAACGCAGCAAACAACAAUGCCCACAACUAGUCGGACAACGUUUAGGACAACCGACCAAUCCACAGCACUGGCAACCCAGUCAACAACUGCAGCAACAACGCAGCCGACAACUCAAGCAACAACAACCACGAGGCAGACAACAUUACGUACAACGUUUAGAACAACAAAGCCAACCACUGUUCUGACUACGUACAAGACAACUGACCAAUCCACACUUUUGACCACAAAGCCAACUACAGUAUUGUCGACUACGUCACGUGCAACUCCCCCCACAACUACGAGACAAACUACACAACGUACAACUCAGCAAACAACAAUGCCCACAACUAGUCGGACAACGUCAAUGACAACCGACGAAUCUACAGCAUUGACAACCCAGUCAACAACGCGACCAACAACGCAGCCGACAACUCCAGCAACAACGACGACGAGACAAACUACAUUAAGCACAACCCAUCGAACAACAAAGCCAACCACUGUUCUGACAACGGACAAGACAACUGACCAAUCCACCCUUUUGACCACAAUGCCAACUACAGUAUCGUCCACGCUACGAACAACCCUACCUACAACUACGGUACAGCAACGAAUCAGAGCUGAACUCUCUUUCCAAAUGACCUCAAAUUCUGGAUACUUUUAAUAUGAUGUAUGAGUUAGUUCCUCUUUGUUCUUCAUCAUUACUCUAAAGAUAACACAUCUAAUUUUUCCCAC